GUCACAGAAUAAACCUGCUUUUAUUUGCCCUGCAGUGACUCCUCCACACCGCCAGGAGCGGUGCCGCAGAGGAGGGGGGCGUUGCUCUCUGUCUCCGGCAUCCUUUCCGUGUUGACUCAGGAGGAGGGGGCCUUUCCUGCUCAAGUGAACACAUCGGCCAUUGAGGAUAAGUUGAAGACAUCAAAGCUAGAGGCGGCUAGUCCGAAAGAAGACACUCCCUAGUUGUUCGAAAACAACUUUACCUGCCGGACCCGUGCGGCUUCAUGCUCUGUUCCAGCGGAGACGCUUGAGUCUGUCGGCGUGUUCGCAGCGCCAGGUGUCGGGACACUGAGUGGGGAAAAUGCCAUCUUUUUCAUGGAGGGCUUGGCCUGCACUUGUGUUGCUUCUCUUCCAUUCUGUGGCUGCCGAGGAGUCAUCACUACUGGAAGGCUGGCACGAAGUCUGGCUCUUCCGCUUCCUCGUCAACGUGCUUGGAUACUCCACCAUCAUCAUCCCGGGCUACCUCCUCAUUAGCUACUUCAAGCGCACCAAUUACUUAGAAACAGGUUUGGGUAGUGGAAUUUGCUACCCUGUCAUAAAGACUUGUGUGUUUGGCAGUGAGGCCAAAACGGGUCUGUUGGAUGACGUGUCAGUUGCACCGAGGAAUGAGGGUGAUUCAGGCUCAUCAGUCAGACAGAUCCUCAAACUGAUCUUUUGUGCUGCUGGACUUCAGGUAUCAUACCUGACAUGGGGAGUCCUGCAGGAGAGGGUGAUGACUCGUUCGUACGGAGCUACAACUCCAGAAGAGGAGGGUGAAAGAUUCAAGGACUCUCAGUUCUUGGUCUUCAUGAACCGUAUCCUGGCCCUGACAGUGUCGGGCCUGUGGUGCACCCUGUUCAAGCAGCCUCGCCACGGAGCACCCAUGUACAAGUACUCCUUCGCCUCGCUCUCCAACAUCAUGAGCAGCUGGUGCCAGUACGAAGCCCUCAAGUAUAUCAGCUUCCCCACUCAAGUCCUGGCCAAGGCCUCUAAAGUAAUUCCAGUCAUGUUAAUGGGUAAGAUCGUCUCCCACAAAAGCUACGAAUACUGGGAGUACUUCACGGCCGUGCUGAUCUCAGUGGGCGUCAGCAUGUUCCUGCUGUCCAGCACACCCAGCAAGCACCCGUCCACCGUCACCACCUUCAGCGGGGUCAUCAUCCUCAUCGGCUACAUCGUCUUCGACAGUUUCACCUCUAAUUGGCAGGACAACCUGUUUAAGUACAAGAUGUCGUCUGUGCAGAUGAUGUUCGGGGUCAACUUGUUCUCCUGCUUAUUCACUGUCGGCUCGCUGCUGGAGCAGGGCGCCUUCUUCGACUCACUGGCCUUCAUGACACGACACUCCGAGUUUGCCUUCCAUGCUGUGCUGCUGUCCGUGUGCUCUGCAUGCGGGCAGCUCUUCAUCUUCUACACCAUCAACCAGUUCGGUGCUGCCGUCUUCACCAUCAUUAUGACCCUGCGGCAGGCCAUUGCCAUCCUCCUCUCUUGUUUCCUCUACGGUCAUGCCGUCACCAUAGUAGGUGGCUUUGGUGUUGCUGUAGUUUUCUUGGCACUGUUCCUUCGGGUGUAUGCACGCAGUCGCAUGAAGGCGGGCCGGCGGUCUGCGCAGCCGCUUGCACAGAAGGUGUAGCACUCCAAAAGUCGCACCAAACUGCAAACUGAGACCACGUUUUCUGUGGUGCUUUUUUGUCUUAUUUCUGUGUAUCUGUUUGGUUUGUUUUUUUUACUAUUAUUUUCCAUUGGUUUUUAUUUUUGUCAUCAAUGGUACAGAAAGGGAUUCUGCAGUUUUGACUCUUACACCAAGAUGCCCCUAAGGGGUUCAUGUGAUUUGUGAGGGCAGCAGUCACAGAAUUUUGAGUGCCUGUAAGAUUGUCUAAUACACGAGUCCCAAACCAGAAACUGUGCAGACUGCCUAAUUCACAGUUUAACAGUUACAUUAUUCCUGGACCACCAUAUGUGGCUUGUGCAGCCAGUGAAAGGUUACUGUGACCCUGAACAAUGUAUGUGAGCUGUACGGCUAAUGCAUUAAUUUUUAAAACAUUUCCCCCUUACUUAGACUGUUGCAUUCUGUAAAGACAUUUUCUAUUUGUUGACGUAUGUUUCAGUCACAAUAACCAGAUGCUGAUCUCGCAGUCCUCCAUGUUGGAGAGCAGGGGCCUUUUAUGUGUCUUAAUGUGGGAUUUUAUCUUUCAAAGCUGUAAACAUGGUCUGAGCACACGGUGCAUACAUUUAUAUUUAAUUUAAAGUAUAUUAACACAUCACAGAGGAGCGCACUACUUACAAAUUGUAUAAUUUACAGCGAGUGAAGCAGAUGUUGGCACUUUUAGCACUGCGUUAUUUUAAAGUUUUGUUUAGUUGUCUCAACACAGAUUUUACUCCCGUGUUUUAACACCGGGCUAAAAACCUUGUAAAUAUAUAUAUCUAGGUCAAUGUUAAUUUCCAGCCAACUUGUCUGUUGUGUACUUUUGUAAAAGGACUGCUUCAUGUGUUUACAUGUGAAUCUUUGGAGGAAUACUGGAUGGGUGAUGGAGCUCAUAUGGAUGUGAAAAUACUGUUGGGGGAGUUUGCAGAACAGAAUGCAUACAAGGGAAAUGCAAACUUACUGGUACCUUGUUUCUAUCAUUCUAUUUCCUCUGGUUACUGAAUUAAUAAUAAAACAUUAAAAGUAAUAAAACAUGA